AUGCCUCCACCUCCACCUCCUCCACCACCUCCGCCCCCAGGUGCUGGAGGCCCUCCUCCUCCCCCCCCUCCUCCUGGCGGUUUGCCUGCCCGACCGCCAGCCGGCGCACCAGGCAGGGGCGCUCUACUUUCAGAUAUUACCAAGGGAAAAGCGCUGAAGAAAACCGUAACGAACGACAGAUCAGCCCCCCAGGUGGCAAGUAGCACAUCCUCCUCAUCAGGUCCUCCAGUGGGAGGUGCACCCCCGAUUCCCGUCCUUGGCGGAGCACCGAAGCCACCGGGUGGUUUGGCCCCCCCAGUGCCGGGCAAUCGAGCGAGAAGCAAUAGUGAUCAUGGUUCCGCUCCGGCCGCACCGAGUGUCGAUGCGGCACCACAACUGGGAGGUCUCUUCGCCGGGGGCAUGCCCAAGCUGAAGAAGAGGGGAGGAGGAAUUGAUACAGGGGCGAAUCGAGACUCGUCGUACCUCUCUGAUCCCGGGGAAACGAAUUCCUAUUCCUGGGAGACCGAAACCACCAGCAACAAAGAAACCUCCUCCGCCGAUAGGGAAGAAACCACCGCCACUCCCAACAUCCCGCAAACCAUCUUCCUUGGCCUCGCCUUCACCCACAUUGGCACCUCCGCCUCCACCCACCGCCUCACCUCUCGCUCCUCCUCCGCCCCCUCCAUCUUCAGCUCCAGCAGCACCUCCUCCUCCUCCGCCCUCAGCGGCGCCUCCCAGGCCAAUCCCUUCCCCAGUACCACGAGCGCAGCCCCCGCCACCACCACCUCCGCCUGCUGCUGCUCAUCCUCCUGCCUCUCUCGCUACUCAGGCCGCUAUUCGAGCUGCAAGCCAGACAUCAUCACCAAACUCAGCACCUCCGGCACCUCCUCCACCGCCGCCGCCAUCAGCAGCACCAGCUCCACCAGGUGCUCCAGCGCCGCCUGCACCAAACUCACCACCGCCAUCAUCAGUGUCAGGCCGAGCUCGGGGAUCUUCCCUCCGGCAGACAAUGCUUGA